AGCAAGCCUGGACAUGCAGCAGCUCUGCCUCUGCGUUGUGUGUCUGUUUGUGUGAAGAAAAUGUAGGGCAGCCGCUUGCUCUCCCUUCCUCUGCCAUCUCUCUCCUAUCUUCUCCUCUGUCUGUCUUUGUUUCCGCACUGUGCCAUCGAAGCUGCAGUCGCCACGGUGACGGCUGACAUUGUUGCCGGUGCUCCACUUCUGUAUUUGCAGAGCUCUUUCUCUCUCUCUCUUUCUCUCACUAGCUUUCUUUCUCCGUCACCGUCUCUGCUCACCUCGAGGAUUUACAGAGGGGGCAUGCAACCGCCCUGAGGAACCAUUGUCUGAGUGAGGGUAUGCUGUAUGUUUGAGUGUGUGUGUGUGUGUGUGGAAGAGGGGACUUCAGGAUCCAGACAUGAAUUCCUGUUGGAAAAUGAAGAUUCAGAAUGAAAAGCCUCUGGGUCAUUCUGCCAGUCGGUCCAGCAAUAUAUCAAAGGCGGGGAGCCCGACUUCAGUCAACGCUCCAUGCAGUUUCUCCAGGACAUCAGUUUCUCCUUCCAGCCAAGACAUCUGCAGUCAGGUUCAGGGCUAUCAGAAGGAGACUGCAGUGGUUCUGUUGAAUUCCAACUGUAAAACAUGUCACGGUUCGGGAGGUCUUUCAGUCACCACCCUCUGCACAGACGCCCUCCCGGCCUCGACGCACGCCAAACAACGAGACUGGCUCUCCUUGCUGCGCCCCUCCCCCGUCAACCUCCACCCCAGCGGAGCGCUCAGGUUUUCUGUGUCUCUAAACGACGUGGGCCAACGCGUGGACAGUGUUUGUCGGGGUCUGCACUUCAUAGACCGCACCUGCUCCGAGGGAGAGCUGGAUCUGAAGCCCGAGCCCUCUCAGUCAACCGGCUCGGGUCGAAGGACGCGCACACUCAACGGCAAGCUGGCUGCAGCACCCACACACCAGAUCACAAAUCUGACCUUAUCAACAUGCUCCUACCCCCACCUCGUCCCUGCCUUCACCAACAAAUGCAUGUUGGGCAUCCCUCCCGCUAAUGCUCUCCCAUCUGCCCCUGCUAUCAUCGCCCCUCCUCCUCUUCCCAACACCCUCCUGCAUCCUCAUCACUCUCCCAGCGUCAGCUUCCUCCGUCUCCUCCUCCCCUUCUCUCGGUCCUCUACCUCGGCCCGCCUGCAAUGUUCUGAGCUGGGCAACUAUGACUCCCACCUGCACAUCCCCAAGUCCUCUAGCGUCCUGCUGGAAGGCAGUGAGUCAGGGUUCCAUGCCGAGGAUCUACUGGGAGAUGACGACGUGUUCGAGGAGGACCGACUCAGUACAGGUCCAAGGAGAACGGGCCAGCUGGCCACCCCAAAAACAGUCACCGUAGCUGGGAGUGAUGCUCUUUUAGCCCCUCUGUGCUUUAUGGAUGAGGACGUCGACCUGGACUGCUGCCCAUCACCUUUGUCAGAGAAAACGGAGCCACUGUCACCCUGUUCACUAUCUGAAGACUGGUGCAGGAUUUGUCACUGUGAAGGGGAUGAAGAGAGUCCUCUGAUCACACCAUGCCACUGCACGGGAAGCCUGCGCUUUGUCCACCAGGCCUGUCUGCAGCAGUGGAUCAAGAGCUCUGACACUCGCUGCUGUGAGCUCUGUAAAUAUGAGUUCAUCAUGGAGACCAAGCUCAAACCGCUGCGCAAGUGGGAGAAGCUACAGAUGACGGCGAGCGAAAGAAGGAAGAUCAUGUGUUCGGUCACCUUCCAUGUCAUCGCCAUCACCUGCGUGGUUUGGUCGCUCUACGUCCUCAUCGACAGAACAGCGGAGGAAAUCAAACAAGCCGGAAGAAUCCCAGGACUCCUGGAAUGGCCGUUCUGGACCAAACUGGUGGUGGUGGCCAUCGGCUUUACGGGAGGGCUGGUGUUCAUGUACGUCCAGUGUAAAGUCUACAUUCAUCUAUGGAGGAGACUCAAGGCAUACAACCGGGUCAUAUACGUCCAGAACCGGCCAGACACGUGUAAAAAGCUGGUACUGGAGAAGCCGCCCCUCAUGGAGCCGAGUCUGGAGAACAAGGAAGCUCUGGUGCCAACCCUGUCGGACACAAACUCCUCCCAGUACACAGAGACAGAGGACUACAGUAUGGAGGUGCUCCAUGUCUGACCACUCAGCCCAUGCCAUUAGUCGUCUUACUCAUACUUUACACACAGACAAGCCCACAGUGAAGAGCAGCCAUUGUGGAAAUGGCCUUCCUCUGAUCCCAGACUGACCCACUGUCCUCCUCUGGACGUCUUAUAUUCCCUUAACAUUCGUCCACAGAGACCGACAGACAAUGACUACCUUCUUCUAUCCACAUUCCUCCUACCUUAUACCUUAUUCCUCCACCUGCACCCUGAAUCCACACCUCGCUCCUUUCCUAGGACCAUUUUUUUCUGACUUCAAUAAGAGGCCUGGAGCAUAACACUUUAUACACACACACACCCACACUUGUUUGUACACCUCUGGGAGAGCAGGACUGAGACAAAUGGACUCACAAAUAGCCCAGGAGGUCGACAUAUUUCUGAUGCGUGGUUUCUUCGCUUGUGGGUUUGUUAGAUUUGUUUGUUUUUACCUCCUGUGAGUUUCGGGAUCAGUAUGUAGCGCCACCCAUCGGAUCUCUGGAACAUUCCAGCUACUGCCAUCUCUUUUGCUGUGGUCUGUCAACCCUGAGCUGGUCUGGAUCCGACCAGACCAUAAUCUGGACAUGCAUUGAAGCACUUUUGUUUUUUAGUUCCCGCCACAAAUCCCUUCCCUCCCUCUUGCCCUUGUGUUUUCUUUAACAUGAAUUAAGUCUUACUGUAUAUGUUGUACAUGCAGGAGAGCACAUUCAAAUUAAAAGUUCCAGUUUUA